AUGCGUGCCAUCAGCGGCCGUAUCGCCCUGAAAUGUCUUCAAUUAUUAUCAACAGUCCUUCUGAUAAUCGUCCUCUCCAAUCUCGGCACUCAAUGGAUUCUCCUCAUCGGAUCCCUAUUUGUGCCCCCGUUUGGCAUAUUUAUGAUUCUCAGGUCCCCGGAUCGCCAAAAGCACCUCCUACCCUAUCAGACCUACGUAGCAGUGGCUGCUGGCAGACGAUGGCUUCGAGUGGACGCGGCUCUUUGCGCGUGUAUGUGCCUCGCAUUCCUCGGAUUCUCCUUGAUUCUAAUGCUAGGUGCUGGAAAGACAGCCACCCCCUCACAAUCACAGCUUCUCCUCUUUGCGGGUGUUUGUGGCCUUGUCUCCGCCCUGGCCUACGGUCUAAAUAUGAUCAUCUCAUUGUGUCAUCUCCGAAUGGCUACUAUCGACUUCUCUGGGGCUAUCAUCAAUCAGGCAAAGAUUGCACAACCUGGAAAAACUGCCAAGGUAUGCCCACUGCCAAAUGGUGAAACCCCUCUACCACUCCAUAUCGACACACUCGAUCGAUUCCACCAAUCUCCUCUUCCAUUCCCGGAUGAUAGUCUAUUCAAUCCCCGCGUACAAAGCAUCAGCAAAGAACGUCCGGUAUUCAUCGAUGAUUGGCCAUCCACCAAGAGAAUCCCCUCCUACGAGAAGCCCCUCUAUGAUUGUCGGCAUUUCGGCAUUAAUAUGGUGGCUACAGACUCGACAUCUGAACCUUUCCAAGUCUACGAUAUCCCAGCCGAUAGCCCUUCUAUUGACCGGAAGUUGAUACGACCGCCCCGGAAGUCGUCAAUGCCUGGGUUUCAUGUCGAUAAAGCAGUUGGUGACGAUGGUAUUGUGAGAAUUGAUGUCUCGACGAGCCCGAUUAUCCCCAGCACUACACAUUCUACAGUGUCAACCCUGGUCUCUGUCAACGAUUAUUCCUCGCUGGAAAGAAAUCGAAAAAUUCGGGUUCAAUCCCCGAGGCCAUCACCCACUACUGAACUUGUUGCCGACGUU